AUGGAAGCGGAGCGCUCCGUGUACAGAGCGCUGUGUCCACGCAUCGCGGUACUGGAAAGUGAAGAUGUGACGCAUAUAGCCGAAGGGAAUGGGCUGCGCAACUUGACCGAGCUUCUCCGGCCAUUUGAGGCGCAUACACACAAUGGUACGUACCGCCAACCUCUGACCAAAGUCGCAGUACGCACCUCGCAGCUUGUGUCGCGCACCUAUACCAACUUCUUUGUGCGUUUUGAGACGCCUGCUGCGUUCUUCAUUUCUAGUGAUGGCGCGGAGCCUGGGACGCUGGACAAUUUCCUCGACCAGGUUCAGACGCGUCUUCGCGCGCACGGACAGGCGCUCAGCGGCACGAUCCCUUCGCUUGUGCAUGACCACGCGAUGGAUGCGGACGGGCGCGCUGAAAAAGAAGCAUACGGGCGAGCAUCGCAGCCAUGGUUUUCUGAUAUUGCAGAGUACCUGUACCGGUACAGGCCCAUGCGCUCGUACGAUAGCUUUUCUCAUCCGCAAGCCGUGAUCCUUGCAGUCUCCUCCUCCAACCCUGACCCGAUGAAUGCAUUUGCACGACUGUACCAAGAAACGAGCACGGGUAUGUUUGCGGAGGAGAACGUGUUGCGGUGUUACUUGGUCCUACACGAUACCAAAAAAGAGGGCAAUGACAAGCAGCGAUCCAUGGCGCUUCUGCAAGAGGUCAAGAAGACAUACGGCUUGCAAUGUGCAAUGCUUGCACUUAACAGCGCGUCUGCACCUGAUCCAGCCGUCCAAGCGCUUUUUGCACAGGAAAGUAACGCUGCGGACAGCCGCGGCGCGUUUCCUGCCGCACCCGACGCGCUCGCAAAGUUCUUGUCGGGAAACGACAAGGACCAAAUCCAAGCAUACGUGCGCGAACUCGUUGUGAAAAGCAUGGUGCCGUACAUGGAGCGGAGCAUACAGCGAUUAAACGAGCAAGUCGGGCACUCGCGUCGUGGUUUUACCGCCAAGCUCUUUGGCGCCGGCCGCAAACUUUUCAGCACACGCAGCGCGGAUACGGCACAUUCCGCGCAUAGAUAUGAUGUGGAGACGCAUACCUACUCUCCUAAUACGAUCACUUCGCAGACGCGGCGCUUGGCGGAUCUCGCAUUUUACAUGCAGGAUUUUAUGCUCGCCUCAGAAAUGUACGACGCUACUCGUCGCGACGCACAAGUGGACCAUGCCGUGGAGUACAGUGCUGCUGCUGCGGAAAUGGUGUGUAUUACAAAGCUGCUUGAGGCUGCGGCCGCCCAAGUGCGGCCGCCGCCGAUGGAUCCUCUGUUUUACGCGUGCUGUGACGAGUACCUUCACACUCCGAGCGGCCAUUUGUACGCACUACGCGCCACAUUCCUCUAUACCAGCGCGCAAAAAAUGCUCAGCAACGAGCUGAGCGUUGCACAUGCGCUUAUCCAUGCCGCAUCCUUCACAGACGAGGUGCUGCGGGGCGCAGUACUCGAGCAGGCAUCGUUCGCGUACCUCUGCCUUCCCACACCGCUGGAGCGCAAAAGUGCCUCUACGCUGUUGCGUAGUGCGGGCUCGUACGAGGCGUGCGGACAAAAGACGCUCUCAUUGCGCGCCUACCUCUCCGUACUUGCUUUUUACCGAAACCGCGCGUGGCCGGCAAUUACCGAUCAUGUUCUUUACAAAUUGGCGCUCCAGGCUCACAAUGCAGGCCACGCACUCGAUGCCAUUUCCUACCUUGUCCAGCUCUUGCACGGUGGCUCGAAAUGGAUGGCUGAGCGCGACGAAGAAGUCGUUCGCGAGCUGUUGAAUGUGUACAAGUAUGCGUCCGAAGAGGCCCAUGGUCCUUACGAAAUUUCGUUCCAGACACCGAUCUGGAGCGUGGCCGAUGCGUGGAUCGCGACCAUGGGCGGGCAAAUGCCGCGCUUUUUUGACCUGGAAGCACAGAUUGCUGCGCAUAAAAUUCGCCUCGGUGACAAUACACAUAUAGCGGGUAUCGAGGAGACAUUUACCGUGCACCUUACCGCGACGAAUCCGCUGCACACGCGCCUGUCCAUUUCAAACGUGCGCUUGUACUUCUCAGGCAUGCAAGAGGCGGCUGCGUCUGACGAGACUGGAGACAUUGCGCUCGAGGCGCAGGAAACGCGACGCAUUUCUAUACACGCGAGGAUUGCACUUCCUGGUGCGUAUCGCCUCGAGCGCAUCACAUUCCGGCUCGGUGGUACUGUGCUCGUCAUGCAAUCGAUGCAAAAGCGGGGUCCGCGUCUCCAAUGCACAAAGGAGCAGCGCAUUACACCUGCCUACGCGCCCGACGAGACAUUGACUGUCCAGGUCUGCGAGCAUGUGCCUCGUCUUGCGAUAGACUUAUGCAAGCUUCCGGAAAAAGCGUAUGCAGGACAGCGCUUGAGCUUGAUCUUGGGUCUGUCCAAUCCGAGCCCCGCGCCAUUAUCGCACUUGGCAUUGGCGUAUGCGCCGAAUGAAAUGGUGCUGGGCGUGCCAGAGGCACAAGAUGGCGAUUCCAUACAGGUACCUGCUGCACUAGCACGACCCAGCGUGCAUUCAGCUAGCGUUGCAUCCCUUGCGCCAAGCAGCUCAGAGACGCUUACCUGUGCAUUGCAUACGAUGGAACAAGGCACACUGCACCUGAAAUGGCUCUUUGUGUAUCAAAAUAGGCGCGGAGAAUAUUUUCAGAGCGCUUGCGAGCACAUACUUGAGGUGCUUCCUGUGCUUGCUGCCACGACCAAGAUCCGAUAUACCCCACCGGGCUACCUUGUCUAUUUGGCGCUGGAAAACCAGAGCGAUGAACCGAUUCGUAUUCCGAGCAUUACCUGUGCUAGCGAGCUGUAUGCUGCAAUACCACAAACACUGCCUUGCAGCGAUGCACUGCAGCCCGGCGCGCGAUUUACCACAGCACUCCGCUUUGCGCCACUGCCGCACAUCCAGGCGGAUGUGAUGCUGCCACAUGCGCUGCACACGCUGCGGCCAUUCCUUGGCAUGCAGCCCGAAGCGCUGCCUGCACGCUCCAUUUGCUUUACACAAACGCGUGUCUGCAGUGUCAGCGACGCACCGCAGUCUGGCUCUUUAUUCCAGUGCCCGUCUUUGUACGCACGCUGUCGAAGUGCUUGGCGUUUGCGUACACUCGCGCAUACGUACGACUUCCUCCCUGUAUCUGUCCGUGCAGACACUUUUUCCGUGCUCGAGUCGAAUGAGCUAGACUUGCUUGUAGCGUGGGUUUCGCCUUCCCAGCACGGCCAAUUGUACCUCCCAGGCACGCGUCUUGGGCUUCGUGCAGACACAGCACAAAGCUUUGAGGCACUCGCGGCGCUUGGAAAAAGCAGCGGUGCCAACAACAUGUACGAGGAAACGACGCGUGAAAGGCAAGCGAUUCUUGCCAAGCUCCGUCGUUCGCCGCUCUUUGCGUACUCGAUGCCGUUGCAGCUCGAUGUGCCCACCAAACACAUCUCGCACGACUUUUUCACUGGCCCCAGUGUUUUGGCGGCACCCGUGACGCUACAGCUUGCCAACGCGUCGCCAUUGUGGUCUCUUUCCUAUACACUGCGUCUACUUCCGGCCGGUGCGAUCGAAAAAGGCGUCAAACUUCCUGUAGCGCCGUGGCUCAACGCUACCGUGCUGCGUGGGACCAUUGCGCCUUGGUCCGUCGCUUCUGUUGAGACAAGUACAAUCGUGACCGCUGCGGGAACGUACCAGCUCGGCGAUUAUGCAAUGGAUGUAGUGCUGCAUGUGGACAAGCGCAUUGUGCACACAUUUUCUCACGCAGCAGCGAGCCACGGCGUUAUUGUGGUAUCGCAACUUACCAGCGUGCAUCCUCCGUUGUAA